AUCACCGUGAAACACCUUAUUCCGGCAACGAACCUCACGUUUGUUGAUUCACCAAAUUCCUCUAUCAACAAAUUGGCGCUAGAAGGAGGGGACUAGGUGAAAUCUCGAAGAGGAAGAGAUGGCCAAUCACGAUGAUGACCCGUACGAAGGAGAUUACUAUGUUGAAGAUGAACAAGUAGAACCAUACUCACCGGAGCACAUACAGGACCCCCGCACUUUGCCGAACAACCCACCCCCGGUUGUAGUCAGUAACACGGAGCUCCUUAGUGCCCUCCACCGGAUGGAGCAAAGUCAAGCGAGGUAUGAUGCAAGGUUGAAUACCAUGGAGUCUGUACUCGAAGAACUCGUCCCCAGACACUCGCGUCAUUCCAAAAGCCAUGGUAGGAGAGGACGUAGACGUUUCAGACGACCGACCCCCCGAAUGUUGGAGUACGGAGAUGCGCCUCCCAACACUAACCUCCCACCAGGAGCCAUAAUAAGCCAAGGAGUCUAUGACGCAAACGGCGCGCCCCUGGACGUGACCACGCCUCCCGCACAAACAGGAGGGACGGGACAAGAGACGGUCAACCAAAACGCAGACGCCCGACCCCUAGCUGAAAGAUUAGGGAUCACCCCGGACAGCCUGGCUAUAAUUGUGCGAAUGGCAGAGCAGGAGCAGAGGAGACCCCCCCAGGGAAGUGGCGCGCCCCUACGUCCUCAAGGAAACGACGCGCCCCCUGAGGCAAGACGUGAGACAGGAACGGGCAGGACAUACCGAGGAGUACGGGGAAGAGGAGGAGGCCUCAUACCAAACUCAAGGGGAAGGCGCCGAGGCGGACCCGUGAUAGAGUACCUCCCUUCGCAAAGCGACUCGAGCCAGCACACCCCGCACCCAAGAACCACGGGAAGGACACGCCCCCUUGGCAAUCAAGGAGACACACCUCCCCAAGGCCCACCUACUGCUAAUCAACAAACCACGACACCUCCAAUCAUAACUACUGCUAAUCAACAAACCACGACACCUCCGAUCAUAACCACCGUCAAUCAGCAAGCCACAUCAACUCCACCCAUUCCCACUCCGCAGCAAACUAUUCCUGUGUCCACCACACCUACUCCUCCAACACAAAUCGUCCAACCAACUGCUACCCAGACUCAAGCCAACAACGUACUUCAGACCACGGUGACCAACACAAGCCUAGCAACUACUACUGCUACCCCUCCGGUAAGCACUCAGACUAUUCCGGGAGUCGGAACGAUCAACCCCGAAGACCUGAAGAAGUUACUGGCCCUUUUACAAGCCAGCGCUGCCACAACGGCGCCACAAAUCUCGUCACCAUUUACCGCAGCAGUCCGAGAAGCCCAGCUACCAACCGGUUUCAGAAACUUGAAUGCAGAUCUCCGCUAUCACGGGAACGCCGACCCCCGCGAAUUCUUGAUCAGGUUCAACAUUGAAAUGGACUUAUACCAGAUCCCUGACCUGGUCAGGUGUAGGUUCCUAGCAGCAACUCUGAGGGAUAGCGCUCAACAAUGGUUUCAGAAGUUGGGAGGAGGGGUCAUCUCCUCUUGGGAAGGCAUGCAGCAGAUGUUCAUGACACAAUUCCAAGCCGCGACCAAAUACGCACCACCCGUUACUACACUCGCCAAUGUCAAGCAGCGUGACAAUGAAACUUUGACUGCAUACUUCAAGAGGUUUAACCAGGAAUCUAUGGGAGUGAAGGGAGCCUCAGACGAAACCUUGAAGAACUUCCUUAUCGCUGGACUCAAGGUUGGUACCGACUUCUGGAAGCACCUCCAAGGGAAGGACCCGGCCUCUCUGUCCGAGCUAUACUCCGCAGCCGAAUCCUUCAAAAAGGUGGAGCAGUCGCUGGCCGAAAAUCAAAAGGAGAUCGCCAAAUCUAAAUACAAAAGAAAAGAUCGCACUCCCAGUCCAGAACCAAGAGGACGCGCCCGCUCUCCGGGUAGGGUAAAUAUGACUUCAAGCAAAAGGACUUGGAGUCCUCCUCCGAGACAAUCAGGAGUAUAUACCCCGCUAACAGCCUCAGCUGAACACGUCUAUGCGAUGACCAAGGAUAAGGUGCCGUUCCAGAAACCUCAACCUAUUCCUCAACAUAUAGCCAAAGACAAAAAGAAGUAUUGUGACUUCCACGAGUCAGCAGGACAUAGCACCUCCGAGUGUCGGCAUCUGAAAGAGGAAAUCGAAUAUUUACUCAAAGAAGGAUACCUAACGGAGUGGGUAAAAAAGUACAGAACAGACCAUCCUCCGGAAAGACGCGGCCUCGGUGCUUCACAGAAUGACAGAGCAGAUGAAAAGCAGAAUGAUACUCAGUUUGUAAGAGAAGGCAGCAUCAGGAGCAUAUUUGGGGGACCCUACAUAGGGGGAGGCAGUCGAAAGGCAAUGGAGAGAUAUGCUAAGGAAGCGAAGGACUACCCUCUUACCAACGUGAACCAUCUGUCGGCCAGAGCCCCACAAGUAUUUAAGGAAGAAACUAUGGACAUCACUUUUACGGAGGACGAUGCGAGGUGGGUACACCAUCCCCAUAACGACGCUUUGGUGGUCGCCAUGCGUAUCGCCGCCCUAAACAUUCACCGAGUGUUUGUCGACAAUGGAAGUUCGGUCAACAUCCUCUACUACGACACUUACAAGAAAAUGGGAUUACCAGACAAGGACAUGACUGUGGAGAAUCUCUACAUAUAUGGCUUCGGGGGAGAGGCCAUCAAAGCCAAAGGAACCAUACGCUUGCCAGUCACCUUAGGAGAAGCUCCACGAGCAGCCACUCAAAUUGCCGAGUUUGUAAUCAUCGACCAUCCCUCGGCGCAUAAUGCACUUAUGGGACGCCCCCUCUUGAAAGACAUGAGGAUAAUCACCUCCAUUUAUCAUCUUACUUUGAAGUUCCCCACUCCUGGAGGAGUUGGUUGUGUGAAGGGAUCCCAGUACGAAUCUCGCGAUUGCUACGGCCGGUCACUUAAGAAUUUUCGAGAUAGGAGGGGAGUGCCACCCCACGAGGAACUACGCUCAGUCCACGUUCUCUACCUCGUUCAAUAUCCAGAGAGCGACAAUGAAGACACGCCCAGCAUCCCACCACUCGGAGAACGCGUCCUUCACAAGGGCGAGCCCACUCUCGUCGAUGACUCGACGUCUGAAGAGUGUGAAGAACUGGUUAUCGAAGUGGAAGAGGCACCUCUAAAAAGAGUCAGAAGGAUGGAUCCACGGGAGGUCGUCAUGGAAUUAGAGGAGCCCUCUCCUCCCGAAAAAGUGUCUACGGACGCGCCUUCGGAACCGAGAGAAACCCCACACCAAUUCGACUUCGACUUAGACCCGAGAUUACCCAUGCAAGUGCAGAACACAGGGCCAGCUGAGGAUACGGUCGACGUACAAGUUACACCGGGGAGUGAUGGCAAGAUCCUGAAGAUAGGAUCCAAACUAGGUCCAGAGAUAAGGAGCAAGCUGAUAGAAUUUCUUACAAAUAGCCUUGACGUAUUUGCUUGGAGCCACGAAGAUAUGGUGGGGAUAGACCCGGCAGUUAUGUGCCAUCACCUGAAUGUCGACCCCUCUAAAAAAGGUGCUAGACAAAAGAGAAGACCCAUCAGCGGAGAAAGAGCCGAGGCCCUGCAGGAGGAAGUCGAUCGCCUCUUGAAAGCAGGAUUGGUAAAGGAAUCGUUCUACCCGAAAUGGCUAGCAAAUCCCGUACUUGUUAAGAAACCCAACGGGAAGUGGCGCACAUGCAUAGAUUUCACGGAUCUCAACAAGGCGUGUCCUAAAGAUAGUUUCCCGCUCCCUCGCAUUGACCAACUGGUAGAUUCAACGGCAGGACACGCCCUCCUCAGCUUUAUGGAUGCCUACUCGGGAUACAAUCAGAUUCCCAUGUAUGAGCCUGACCAGGAGCACACUUCCUUCAUCACGGACAGGGGUCUAUAUUGCUACAUUGGUAUGCCAUUUGGGCUUAUUAACGCAGGGGCGACUUAUCAGCGAUUGGUGAACAUGAUGUUCAAGGAUCAGAUUGGGAAAACAAUGGAAGUAUACGUGGACGACAUGCUGGUUAAAUCCAAGAAAGACACUGACCAUGUUGCCCACUUGUCAGAGAUGUUCGAAAUCUUAAGGAAAUACAGGAUGAAGCUCAACCCGCAGAAGUGCGUGUUUGGGGUAGAGUCAGGGAAAUUCCUUGGUUUUAUGGUUAACCACAGAGGCAUAGAGGCCAACCCAGCAAAGAUCAAGGCAUUACUAGACAUGAAGUCCCCAGCCAACGUUAAGCAAGUGCAGAGUCUGACAGGAAGGAUAGCCGCCUUAAACAGGUUCGUGUCGAAAUCCUCGGAGAAAUGCAAGGAGUUCUUCAAGGCCAUCAAAAGCGCAUCCAAAGAUUUCGAAUGGACAGAGGAGUGCGAGGACGCCUUCAUAAAAAUUAAGAAACAUUUGGGCGAGCCACCCCUCUUAGCCAAACCUCAGGAAGGAGAGACGCUUGUCCUUUACUUAGCCGUUUCAGACUACUCCAUAAGUGCUGUAUUGGUAAAAGAAGAUGAGGAGGGGCAGUCCCCAAUCUACUACGUAAGCAAGCGGUUGCUGGAUGCAGAGACUCGUUACACAAGCAUGGAGAAGCUGGUAUACGCCUUGGUACAUGCAACUAGGAAACUACGACCAUACUUCCAGGCUCAUAAAGUGGAGGUUAGGACGGCGUACCCCCUCCGACAGAUCAUGCAUAAACCAGAGGUAACCGGUAGAAUGAUGAAGUGGGCAGUCGAGUUGGGGCAAUUUGACCUAGAUUACAAACCAAGAACCGCCAUCAAAGGACAGGCACUAGCAGAUUUUAUCUUGGAAUUCCCGGAAGACGGAGAGGAGUCUGGUCUCCUGAUCAAAUAUGAUCCCAACCUACCACCUCAGCAGGCAUGCCCUAAGGAAAGCAUACCCGAACUCUGGUGGAUAUUGCAUACAGAUGGAGCGGUGAAUAAUGAAGGAGCAGGAGCUGGGAUAGUGCUCGUAAGUCCGGAAGGACAUAGACUCUUGAACGCAACUCACUUUACCUUCCAGCUCUCGAACAAUGACGCAGAGUAUGAAGCCCUGAUCGGAGGGCUCAGGCUUGCCCUUGAAAUGAAGGUAAGAAAGCUUGUUAUAAAGGUCGACUCCAUGCUGGUGGUUGAGCACAUCAGAGGAGGAUACCAAGCAAAGGGACCCAAGACGGCGAUAUAUCUCAGAUGUGUUCAGGGAUUAAUAGAUCAGUUCGAAGAGGUGCAAGUAAACAGGGUACCCAGAGAAUUCAACGGGGAUGCCGAUGCUCUCGCAAAGUUAGCGUCUCAGAAAGAUCCGGCCCUAUUGGGAGUUAUCCGCCUAGAGAUACAGGAGGUACCUAGCAUCCCCGAGUUUGAGGUAACGGAAAUACAAGGCAAGAAUGGAGAUUCAACGUGGAUGACCCCGAUCUGGAAAUACAUCAAGGAGGGUACGCUGCCCGAAGAUAAAGCUGAAGCCCGAAAGUUAAAAUACAAGGCUGCCAGAUAUGUGGAAUAUGAUGGGAAGCUGUAUAAAAGAGGCUUCAAUCAGCCCCUUCUCAAAUGCAUAGAUGGGGAGGAGUGCACUUACGUGAUGAGGGAGGUCCACGAAGGCAUAUGUGGGAACCACUCGGGAGGUAACUCAUUGGCCAUGAAGAUCUUGAGGCAAGGGUACUACUGGCCAACCUUGAGGAGUGAUGCUUUCAAUUUCGCCAGAGCAUGUGACAAAUGCCAACGAUUCGCCAACUUCACCAACAGCCCAGCCACGUCCCUCACCACCAUGACUAGUCCUUGGCCCUUCGCUAUGUGGGGGAUAGACUUGAUCGGAGAACUCCCAAAAGCCAAGGGAGGAGUGAAGUAUGCAGUGGUUGCGGUCGACUACUUCACCAAAUGGGCAGAGGCCGUACCCUUGGCCACCAUCACAGCCAAGAAAAUAACAGAUUUUGUUUUUAACUCUAUUGUUUGCAGGUUUGGAGUCCCUUACAAGCUUAUCUCGGAUAAUGGAAAGCAGUUCGACAGCAAAGAGCUAAGAGGCCUAUGUGAAAAUCUCGGAAUCAAGAAAGAUUUUGCGGCAGUGUACCAUCCCCAAAGCAACGGGCAGACGGAGGCGGUCAACAAAAUCAUCAAGCAUACUCUAAAGGCAAAGUUGGAAGAUAGCAAAGGGAAUUGGCCGGAAGAACUCCCCAUGGUCCUAUGGUCUUACAACACAACCCCUAGGACAACGACCGGGGAGUCGCCCUUCGUCCUAUCUUAUGGGUGCGAGGCCAUGGUCCCAAUUGAGAUUGGAGCAGGAUCGUUCAGGAGAGACUACUUCGACCAACUGGAUAAUGAUGCAAGUCAGAGAUUAUACUUGGAUAUGAUUGAAGAAAUCAGAGCUACAUCACAACUACGCCUGGCCGCGUAUCAGCGCAGGACGGCUAAGUAUUACAACAACAAAGUGAAGGCUCACCCCUUCCAAGUUGGGGACCUUGUCCUUAGAAAGAUUGUACUCAACAACAAAAAUCCCCAACAUGGAGUCUUUGGAGCCAAUUGGGAAGGCCCUUACAGAGUCAAGGUCAUAUUAUGGAAGGGCACUUACAGAUUAGAAGACCUAGAUGGAAAACCCGUUCCAAGACCUUGGAACGCGGAGCAUCUAAAGAAAUAUUAUCAGUAGCCACAGGCUACAUAGACUAGCAAUGACUAAACAUCAUCCCUAGUCUAGGGGAGUGGUAUACAUACGCCCCUCUUUAGGCUA